AUGGCCGACGAUAACGAGGCAAGACCCGACGAUUACCCUCGGUUGAGUCGCCCUUUUCAGUCCAUGAAGGCAGCCUACGAUGUUGUCGUCGUUGGCUCUGGUUAUGGAGCGGGUGUUGCAGCCAGUCGAAUGGCACGAGCGGGAAAGAGCGUCGCAGUGCUGGAACUGGGCUGGGAGUGGCGACCUGGCGCAUACCCAUAUACUUCAACGCAGUGUCUGAAAGAGCUCAACAUUUCUGGGAGUUCAAGUUGGCCGCUUGCAGGCAAGGCUACUCGACUAUUUCAAUUGAUCCUUGGCGACGGACAACACGCUUUCGUCACUCAUGGGCUUGGUGGUUGCUCGCUUGUAAAUGCCGGAGUCUUCCUUGAGGCGGACCAGGGCACAUUGCAGUUGAGUUCAUGGCCACCAGAAAUAAAGGAUGACCCCUCCGGGCUUCAGAUGUACUACUCGCGUGCAGCAGACAUGCUGCAACCAUCGGUGUAUCCGGCCGACCAUCCUCCCCUAGCAAAAUUGGAGCAUCUACGCAAGCAAGCUGCGUAUCUCGGCAAAGAGCGGAAUUUCUACCGAGUGCCGCUGACAACAUCCUUUCAGCACGGUCGCAACAACGCGGGCAUCACGAUACAGCCAAACACUGGAUCGGGCAAUGAAUGCACCGGUCUGAACGAUGGAUCCAAGCACUCGGUUGUCACCACGUAUCUGACAGAUGCCUGGUACUGGGGCGCGGAGAUCUUCUGCGGCUGUGAGGUGCGGUACGUUGAACAAGCGCCCGAUGGCCGCGGAUACGUGGUCUACUUUGCCUGGCAUGGAAGCGGACGAUCAGUAUUUAAGGAGGACUUCAAGACUCAACUGUUCUGGGUAAAGGCUAACGAUCUAUGCUUUCUUGGGGCUGGGUCGUUGGGCACAACAGAGAUCCUGCUUCGCUCACGGAAGUACGGCUUGCCAACUUCUCCGAUGGUCGGCAGAAACCUGUCCAGCAAUGGAGAUAUGUUGGUCUUUGGGUACAACGGGAAUGAAGAAAUCAAAGGCAUCUCAGGAAAGACCUCGGAAACGGGAAACGGACCCGGUCCAUUGAUCACUGGAGUGAUUGAUAAUCGAGAAACUAAUUCGUUGACGGAGACCUUAGCAGGCUAUGUCAUUGAGGAUGGCUGUAUUCCAGCGCCCUUUUUGCCAGUCAUCCAAGUUAUGCUUACACUGCAAAGCCUCAGAGAUUGUACUUUACCGAUAUUUUACAGUCCCGUACAACAGUGGCGUAAGGCCGUCUCCGGUAUCAAGUCCCUUAUCCUGGGACCCAGAACACUAGGGGGUGCAAUCCAGCACACAGCGACAUACCUGGUCAUGUCUCACGACAGCAAUGAAUUGACCAUGAUCUUGAUGAAUGACAAGCCAUGCUUUCGAGGGCCUGCGGAAGGCCGCUCCGAGAAUUGCGCUGGUAUAUUGAAUAUCCUGCACGACAUGGUGAGUCGCACAGGAGCAACAAUGGGAUUUUCAUAUUUCUACGGCCUUUAUAAAGAUGAAGUCACAGUUCAUCCUCUUGGGGGUGCUAAUAUGAGCAGAGAUGGCACAGGGCGCGAGGGAGUCACAAAUCAUAUCGGACAAGUGUUCAUGGGCCAUGGAAGUGCGGUCCACCAUGGUCUUGUGUGCUGCGAUGCAUCGGUUGUUCCGACAUCUUUGGGUGUUAACCCUCUUGCGACCAUAACGGCGCUCGCCGAACGAUCACUUGAUCACCUUGCUAAAAGCUAUAGGUAUCGUAUCAAUAUGUCGAGUAUGAACGGAAGUCUAGAUGCCAGCUCCGAACCAAGCGUAUUAAGCCAUGAUCAGGAUAACCCUGAAGAUCAUACAGAUAUACGUGAACAGUCCCGCUCAAUUGGAUGGCAGUUCACGGAGCUAUUAGUUGGAUACAUCAGCACGCAGCGAAAGAAUGUGGACUUUGCGGUGUCUGAGGCUUUGGGGCAAAGCGCGUCAUCCGCGAUGCGGAUAUUCCUUACCAUCGAAAUUUGUCGAAAAAGAAGCACGACCGCCAGGACAUCUGUUACUGGUAAGAGGCCUACCAUACUCAGCCCUGACAAGCUUGAGUACGAGGGUAUUUGCACUGGUACCGUGUCCUGCUGUGCGCUGUCGACCGGGACGAUGAGGGUUACAGAAGGCAGAGUGCGGUUCUUUGAUCAGGCAGAGACAAGCGUAGAGGUAACAACUAUGGUAUAUUCGCUACGUUUACUUUCAGUGGAGGGUACGAUCUUUCAUCUUGAGGGGUACAAAGCUAUUGACUCAACUGUAUCAUGCUCACCUCGUGAGCUGUGGAAGGCGACAACUGCGAUCCAUAUUCGCAUCACUCGAGACGACUCGAUGAAGGUAGGAAUGGGAGUCCUUCGCAUAUCCUGGCCCUCGUUUCAACAGCAGAUAAAGACAUUUCGUACGACAGAGCCAUUUGGUUUAGGCGUUCUCUUUUCAUUGCUCGUCUUUUUACUAUAUUUUGCCCUCCAGCUAAGCGUGUUUUUCUUUCGCCCCUUCGUUCCUAUGCAGCAGCCUGGGAAUUAUGCUCGCAAUUCCCUCGCACCAAAACGAAUACCCUCGACCGAGCUUGAAGUGAAAGCUCAAGAUGGUACCACGGUCCUUCUUCAGGUAUAUGAGCCCUUGGCGGUCACCGAGGAAGGAUACAUAGACGAGAACCUGGGCAAUCCCCCAGUCCUGUUCUUACCUGGAGUCACCGGUGUUGGCGCGAGACAUAGCAUCUUCGCCCUUCCUUUCCAGCGUUGCAAUAUGGUUGAGUAUUUCACGGCGCGCGGUUCUCGGUGUUACGUAUUGACACCACGAUGGGGCUGCGAUAACAACAUCGCAGCGAAAUGUACCGUGUAUGACUGCCGCUUAGACGUUGCAGCAGCAUUGCAACACAUUUCUAGUCGGGAGGAGCAAAAGGCUUACGUGGUGGCUCACUGUCAAGGGUCUGUCGCCCUCGCAAUGGGGCUGUUGGAUGGGACCAUUGACCCGACUCAAUUGCUCGGUGUCACGGCGAACUCGGUUUUCAUUCACCAAAUAUUCGCUUACUGGAACUCCGUCAAGGCUGCCACGCCAGUCUUGAUCCGUCUUUACGAGUCCCUCGCGGGGAGCUUCUUUCCAAUUGGCAAGAGUCACGACAACCGUCUUGUCCAAAGGGUGCUCGAUGCCGUUCUCCGCUUCUAUCCUGUCCGUCGACGUCGAGAUCUCUGCACCUCGACUGUAUGUCAUAGGACAUCGUUCGCCUUCGGGCUCUGUUGGAAUCAUGAUAACUUGGAUGCCCGCAUCCAUGAAAAUAUCGGCCAGUUCUUCUCAGGUACUCACACCAAGAUUCUGGAGCAUAUUACUCGCAUGGGCACUCGUGGUGGAUGCUUGGAUAACCAAUUGCGCCCACUUGUCACGUCAGAAAAUCUACUGUAUCUACAGGGAUUGCCAGUGCUGUUCAUGACCGGAACUGCGAAUGAGGUAUUCGAUCCGGAGUCAACCCUGCGAGACUACGAGAUGCUCCGACGCCGGUUCGGAGAGCAUCUGUACCGCAGGUUCCAGGUUGAGGGGUACGGACAUUUGGACACCAUUGUGGGCAAAUCGGCGGUCGAGGAUGUCUACUGGAAGGUGGCUGAUCAUCUCCGAUGGUGUAUUCAGCAUCACGCGUCAAACCUGUCCCCCACAUCGAAGUCCAAGCAUGUCCACAGUACGAGCGACCAGUAG